CCGUAAUAUCCCUCCUGACAUCUCCACUCCCCCCCCAGCAUGACGAUGGUCGCACUGGAACUCCUCUCGACACUUCUUGGAUCUCCCUCAUACCGUUGACUCCGAUCUCCCGUCGCCUUUCCCUUCUUCUUAGCCGACUCUUCGGACUCGAGCUCUGCUGGGCAAUCCGUUCCGGUCCUCAUCAACCCUCAAUCCGACAAACUUGACGACUCUCUCCCUCUCCCUCUCUCUGUCGCUCAACCUCCUCUUUCGCUUUCCGAUCGGGGCCCCCCUCCCCACCUUUCUACCCUCAACCGAAUUCCAAUCCGCGCGAUUUCGCUGCUGUCGCAAGCCCGAGCGAUACUUCAUUAGGCUUGGUUGGCGUUGAGUCCCUCCUGAGCGUUGCGGGUGGCCGUCUUCCCCGACCAAGCGAAGGCUGCGGCCAUCCCGACGGGCUGACACCGAUCGCUCCCGCGCACGGCGCCCGGGACUCGCUCCCUACCGGUCUGACGAUUUGAAGGACAACACAAAAGCAAGUUGAGCGUACACAGCAAUUCACCAUGGGCUCGUGUUUGAGCUCGGAAGCUACGGGGGAUGCGGAACAGAAGAAGAAAAGCCAGAUGAUCGACCGGAGGCUCGAGGAAGAUCAGCGACGGCUACGCAGGGAAUGCAAGAUCCUUUUGUUGGGAUCCGGAGAAAGUGGCAAGUCUACGAUAGUGAAGCAGAUGAAGAUUAUCCACCAAAAUGGCUACACCGUGGAGGAGCUGGCUCUGUACCGUUUGACCGUAUACAAGAACCUGCUCGACUGUGCUAAAGCUCUCAUCGAUGCCUAUCACCAUUUCUCCCUUGAACCGUCCAGUCCAAAGGUCAAGGACUACAUCGCGCUUCUGGAGGAAUACCAUGUGGAUCCGGACCCCAAUACUCCGCUUGAUGGGAAAAUUGGCGACGCAGUCACUUACCUUUGGAACGACCCAUGCACAUCAACAGUCUUGGAACGGCAAAAUGAGUUCUAUCUGAUGGAUUCUGCGCCCUAUUUCUUCGAGGAAGCCAAGCGAAUAACGGCUCCGGAUUACAUCCCCAACGUAUCCGACGUUCUCCGCGCACGUACCAAGACCACUGGUAUAUACGAGACGCGAUUCACAAUGGGUCAAUUGAGUAUACACAUGUUCGACGUUGGCGGCCAGCGCAGCGAGCGGAAGAAAUGGAUCCAUUGCUUUGAAAACGUAACCUCGAUCAUUUUCUGUGUCGCAUUGAGUGAAUAUGAUCAAACACUGCUGGAAGAGAGCAACCAGAACCGAAUGAUGGAGAGUUUGGUUCUUUUCGACUCUGUGGUCAACUCUCGGUGGUUCAUGCGCACGAGUAUUAUUCUCUUCCUGAACAAGGUCGAUUUGUUCCGCCAGAAGCUACCCCGCUCUCCGUUGAGCAACUAUUUCCCGGACUAUUCGGGCGGCAACGACGUGAACCGCGCAGCCAAGUAUCUUCUUUGGCGAUUCAACCAGGUGAACAGGGCUCACCUGAAUUUAUACCCCCACCUCACCCAAGCAACCGACACCACCAAUAUCCGACUUGUCUUUGCAGCGGUUAAGGAAACUAUCUUGCAAAAUGCAUUGAAGGACUCUGGUAUUCUAUGAGCUGCUGGACACUCUUCCGAACACCAACCUGAAACCUGUCACCUCUUUCCUCUCACCUACCUAUCUCUCUACAACCCUCACGAUACCAUCCGAAGACCUUCAUAUACCUAUUCAAUUCUACAAACGCGUCUCUUGAAUCCCAAACAAUCUCUUUUGGACCCUCCCACCCACCUCUUACGAAUCUACCAUAUCUUUUUUCCGACUACCCAAUAACUUGAUUCCUAUCGCUGGAGCUGCUGGCGUUUACGGCGCUUUUGUUAUUCUCUCCUUUGUGAAAUAUUUCCCAGGCGCUUGUUAGGUGAUACCCCCCCGCACCCAAUUCGGGAGCUACAAGGAGGCAUUCGAAUUUCUCCCCUUGUCACCGUGGCUCCUCUACUGCGCCCUGGAAUCUCAGGUAGUAGUUUGAAAAGACUACCUUUUGCCUGUAUAAGGGUUUCUUUCUGUCAUCGCUAUGGCUAUAGCUUUCGCCUCCAGCUUCAACGUGGGACGAGGAGUUACUUUCAACCUCAAAAAGUCGCUGGGAAACUCCUACCCCGGCAAAUAUGGACGAAGAACCCUGCGCCAGCUCUUGACCCUCGCCGCGUUUUGUGUUUGUGGCUACCAACUUCUCCAUAUGGUAUGAAUAGCUUUCGACAGUGAUUCUCAAAUCUGUAUUUGUCCAGCCUUUUUUUUGUCCGAUGCAUAUCACGGCGGAUUUAACCUUGUGUGAUUUGAUCCUUGAACUAUAUUUCCUAGCCCAUGUUUUGCUAUUAAUGCUUUUUUACUACUAUUCAACUUCUGUGAUACUUGCCUUUCUCCUUUUGGACUCGCGACCUCAGCGC